UUGUUUAUGUUAUAGAUAUAAAACAGAAUCUACAGAACGAAUGAUGGCAACACCGGAUGACCUUGUGCACUGUCCUGUAUGUCUUGAAGUAUACGAGCAGCCCCGGGCCUUGCCUUGCCUACAUACAUUCUGUAGCACGUGCAUACAGGAAUACAUAAAUGCUGCUGCACGUGCAACGUCAGCUAUAACAGAUCACGAAAAAUACCCGGAGUAUGAUGAAGAGGAGGGUUAUUGGCCGCCUCCGCCAGAGGGAGCACCUCCUCACUGGGGUCCCCCUCCACAUGGGCCUCAUUUCCGUCAUUGUCAUCCGCCUCCUCCUCACCAUGGUCCACCAGGACACUGGCACCCACCACACCACAGGCCACCAGGACAUGGACCCCCGCCUCACUGGCCUCCCCCUCCACAUCACAGAGGGAGAGGUUGUCACAGGCCAGGCGGCAGAUUUCAUCAUCCACACGGGCCUAGGCAUCGCCAUCAUGGACCUUGGAGAGGUGGUCCCCCUUAGCUUCAUUAAGUAGAAUAGACGAUUGCUUACGUGCCUAUCAUAGCAGCCGAUAUGAAGACAGACAAUCUACUUAUUUUGUGCGUUUUGCUAAGCUAAGAAUUUCAACCUCACAUGUGUUUAAUCAUAACUGUUGAACUGCACUGUGCAAAAAUUCUCGUCUAUAUUGAAGGAAUAUCACUGAAGUUUGUUGUAAUAGAUUGCAAGACAUACAUCACCUUCUCAGAAAGAACACUGCUGUGAGAUGAACUAACAUCGGUUUGUCUCACGUCACGGUCUAUUUUAUCUGAAUAAGCCAUUACUUGGAAAAUUUUGUCAUAAAACAUGAAAAUAAAUGGUGCAUUCAUUCAAAGUCGCCGUGAAUAACUUCUGUUUUUAUCAAGUAACAAAUAAUUGUUUAAGACUUAACGUUAUCGAUUUGUACAAUUUUCAACUUAUUAUUUAUAUUCUUAAGGAAACUUCUAAUACCCUCUUCGUAGUUAGCAAUGACUUUCGUAUUACUACUAAUACCUUUAUGAAAUGUUUCACACGUUUAGUAAAACAUGUUGGUAAAUCGAAUAAAUCUAUUAUCUUU